GAUUUUGUUCGAAUAGUCGGAUACUUGUACCACGUGCUCCUUAAGGAUGAUACCCAGGUUUUAUAGUGGAAGUGUCAUUAGAAAUCAUCUCAGUGUAUUACAGUGUCUUCAAUGUCGGCCAUUGUGUUUGAAAGCUGAAAGAAGGAAACCAGAGCCAAUCGAAGAUAUACGUGCAGCGACUGAUGUACUGGUGAAUAAAGUGGAAGUCCAUAAGCUGGCUAAAUGCAAGGACUUGUCACAAAUAUUUCAUAACGUUAAAACAGAAGAGGAUUUGGAAAUAGCAGAAGAAGCUCUAAUUGCUUUUAGAAAGGGGGCAAAUCCAGCUCGCCCCAGUCUACCACUUGAUGUCAUUAAUGCUUGUAUACGAGCUGAUUCACAUGAGAAGGCUGUGUUGAUCAUUUGUAAUAAGAGGAAGUUUGGAGUGUUCCCUUCCACUAAUGUCUACAACAUCCUUAUGAAGUCUAUCCUGAUCAGUAACGUACCUGUAAAAAACAUUGUGUACUUGUUUCAAGAAUUAUUAACAGAUGAAUUGAAGCUGACAGUACAUACAUACAAGCUAGUAGUCAUUGGAUAUAUGAAGAUGGAAACUGAUGAUGGAUUUGAGAAUGCAUUACAUCUCUCAAAGGAAUGCUUGAAAACUCUUCAAAAUGUGGAGCCUUACUAUCAUUUGCUUAAAAGCUGUACUGAGCAAGGUAAAGUGGAAAGAGUGAAAUCAGUCUUGCAAGACCUGAGUCAGUUUCCACUGAGAACUAAAUUUGAGCUCUGCUGUCAGGUCAAUGGGCAUAUCUUAUUGAAGGAUUAUGAAACAGCUCUGUCUCUGGUCUCAUCUGUUAAUGAGGAAAAGAAUCAAUCUUUAAUGAUACCAGAGACUGUCUUAAAGGAGUUUAAUGAUGUACUGGAGAAAGAAGAUAAAAGAGAAGAGUUGCAAAGACUACAAGAGAUUACUGAGUUAUUGGAGAAGAAUGGUAAAAUUACAAUAAAAUUUGUGGGGGGAAAUAUGGAGCGUCACCAUCGUCUGCUUAACAACUGUACCAAGCAAGGUGAUGUGGAAAGAGUGAAAUCAAUCCUGCAAGAUCUGAGUCAGUUUCCACCAACAACUAAAUUUGAGCUCUGCUGUCAGGUCAAUGGGCAUAUCUUAUUAAAGGAUUAUGAAACAGCUCUGUCUCUGGUCUCAUCUGUGAAUGAGGAAAAGAAUCAAUCUUUAAUGAUUCCAGAGACUGUCUUAAAGGAUUUUAAUGAUGUACUGGAGAAAGAAGAUAAAAGAGAAGAGUUGCAAAGACUACAAGAGAUUACUGAGUUAUUGGAGAAGAAUGGUAAAGUUUCAUUUAAAGUUGUGAUGCAAAAUCUGGAGCUUUACUAUCAUAGGCUUAACAACUCUAUCAAGCAAGGCAAUGUGGAAAGAGUGAAAUCAAUCUUGGAAUAUCUGAGCCAGCUUCCACCGAAGAAUAAAUUUAAGCUCUGUUGUAAGAUCAAUGGGCAUAUCUUAUUGAAGGAUUAUGAAACAGCUCUGUCUCUGGUCUCAUCUGUGAAUGAGGAAGAGAAUCAAUUUUUAAUGAUUCCAGAGACUAUCUUAAAGGCAUUUAAUGAUGUACUGGAGAAAGAAGAUAAAAGAGAAGAGUUGCAAAGACUACAAGAGAUCACUGAGUUAUUGGAGAAGAAUGGUAAAAUUUCACGAAAAGUUGAGAAGGAAUCCGAAUGAUGAGAUUUAGAUUUAAUGAGAUAUUAUAGUAGCAUUAAAAAGCUACAGGUUUAAUGUAAAUAUUGAAUAUUGUUAAUAAAUUCUUGUUUAAUAUUUGAGUUAAAACUUAUAUUAUACAAUUAAAAUGUCUUUAUUUUAACUUAAUAAAAUUAGUUGAGUGCAAAAAUUGA